AGAAGACCUCUCCUGUGAGGAAAGACUGAACAGGCUAGGUCUUUUCACUCUGGAGAAGGCCUAAGAAGGACCUCAUCACAGGAGUUAAAAAGAGCUCCUGAAAGAAGACGAGGGCUCUGUCUUUGCAAGGAACCAUACAGAGAAGGUAACGGGCAGCGAGUACAAUUUGCACUGGGAGAGGUUUUGUGCAGAUGUAGAAAAGAAGUUUUACAGUGAGAACUAUCAGUCACUAGAAUAACCUCUCGAGGGGCAUGGUGAAAUCCCCCUCACCGAUGACUUUCAGGAUGCCCAACUAGAGACACUAGAUCUCAUCUAGUGUUCCUUUUCCCACGAAAGGAUGGACUUCAUGAUCUUUUGAGAUCUCUUUCAACCUGAACUGUUGUGUGAUUCUACUCCCUUUGUAAAACGAAUUAUGAAGCUUCCUGCUCUUUUGAACAAAACCUGGAGGAGUGAAGGGCUUGCCGUUUCACAUCAUGUUCUCUUUCUGCCUAAGUAUAUUUUGGUCUUCUUGGGACUUCUGGGAAGUUGUGGAUGCCCCAUCUCUAGAGAUGUUUAAGACCAGGUUGUGUGGGGCCCUGGCCAGCAAAAUCUAGUUGGUGGCCCAUGGAAGGGGGUUGGAACUACAUGAUUUUUAAGAUCCCUUUCAUCCCAAAUCAUUCUAUGAUGGUGUGAUUCUAUGACUGCCAACUGCUGUGCAGUUGAAAGGUGCAAAUAGCUUCACAGAAACAAUAAAUAAAUUCUGGUUUAGGGCGCUGAAAGUGUGUGGAAGUGCACAAAAUGUUAUUUUAUGCUACUGAGGAAAAGGUGAGGAUCUCAUACUUCCAUUCCAGGUAGCUAGACAGACCAAGUCUCUGAUUUCUUAAAGAUUUCACGGCAGUAAUAAUUUCAGUGUACAGCUCUGGCAAGUGCAGUAGCACUAGAUAACUCACAGUCUGCCUAAUAGAGACAAAUGGCUAUGGGUGCAUGUCAGAUUCGAGUUGAGUCAAGUUAAUUUAAUUUGUUCAUUUUACAAAUUGAAUUGUUUCAGCUAAUUACAUAGCAUGGAAAAAAUGUGACGAGGGUGCUCAGACAAGAAAACUUCCUUUUUGCCUCUACUAAGUUAAUGAAGCUAUUAAUGAAAAUGUGCAUUCAGAGUAUGGGAACAGUGUCCAUCUCAUACUGAACUUUGCUGUUACACUUCCUGUUAUCAUUUUUUUUGUUGGUUUUUUUGGGGUUGCCAGAUGCAGCCUCUCACCAUAGCCCCUUAUUACUCUGGGGAAGCUCUCCUUAGCCAUUCUGCUCCAGUACUACACAAGGAGCCUAUCUUUAUCAAUUAGAUGAGGACAUCUCAGCUAGGUCUUACAGUCCCCCUGUCCCCCUGCCGUCUGUAAUUCUGAUAAACCAAUAAAAAGAAAAUGUUCCAAGUUCUACUUCUUGGACCGCGGCCUGUUCUAGGCGAGUUUAUGAAGUUAUAGAUAUUGAAGUUCGUUGUCAAUACAUACAAAAAUAUGACAAAUUCAACUAUUUGAGUUACAUGGAAAUCACCCUGUGUGAAAUUACCCUGCCCCCCCCUGUGGAAUAUCCUUUAGUAGUUUAUAGUAUUUUUACUCUGUCCUAAUUUUCAUUUGUUGAAAGUAAAGGCAGCAACAUCUGUGGUAAUGUAAAUGUCUUUGUGAUUUUUGAAAUCUAGGUUUAUUCAAAUGCUCCUUUUUGCACUGAUGCCUGUAUUUCAGCAACUUUGCUGAAGAAUGCUUUAGCUGCUUCUGAUGUUACCAUCCCACUGUUAUUCCUUCUGAAAUACUUUUUAUGACAUAAAAGUAGGAAAGCAACAGGCAGAGUUCAGACCCCUAUCGUACAUGGAGGAGUACAAACAUGCUGUAAGAUUGUUCUUGCUUAGAAAAAUUGAAACAAAAACUUGCAAAGAAAUGUGUGACAAAUACUGUCUUUACUGUAUAAUGAUGCUUUAGCAUAGAGUGGGGAGCUGAGUUUGGAAGACUUGGAUCAGUACUGUCAUUGACUUCUUCCUAAUUUUGUGUCCAAGUCACAGUCUCUUACUGACCUUCCUUACUGCAUAUGUUUUGGUAUGUUAUUUGAUCUACUUGAACACAUGUAGAACAGUUACUUUAGCAAGGGAAUUUGAACGUAGACAUAAUACUGUUGCCCGAGGUAGUCUAAUGCAGCUCUUAUGAAUGCUGCUCGAUGAGGACGGACUCUGAAGCUAAUCCACUGAAUUAGAAGUCUACUUUUUGCUAAGCGUGUCUGUUUUAUUGUUUCCAUAUGUUAGUUGUCUCCUUUUCUUUUCUUUUUAAAAUUUCUGUAUUGCAUCCCAUCUGUUCUGUAUUCUCUAAGCCUCUGGGGCACGUGCUGUUGUCUCUUUAUGUUUCCACUGUGCCUGGGAGGAACUUCAGGUUCUACCAGAAUGAAGUAAGUACAAAAGUGAAGUGGAUCUCCUGAAUGUUUAACUCUGUGUUAACUCUAACGGCACCGAAUGUAAGGUCAAUUGCAUGUUUAAGUUUUACUACUAAAAUAAUUGUGUACAUUGUAAAUUAUGAAUAAUGUCACAGUGAGCUGUGGGAAUUGCUUUGGAAGUAGGCAGCAAUGUCAGCUUCCAAUAUGUCCCUGACUGAAAAUGGCUGAGCGCUGCAGGAUGGAUUCACUGAAUCAAGUCUCCUUGGACUUGAGAGAAAACAUUUUGUGUUCACCCUAAUCUAUAUUUCAUGUAAAUGACUUUAAAUUAUGACACAAUAACCUAUGCUCUGUCAAAGCGCGUUUCAUUUCAGGUGGAAAAUUUUAAAACAUUGAUUACUAAAAAGCUUCAUGGUUUCCUUUUGCUCCCAUAGUAUGAGUGUAAACCUUCAGAACUUUGUAACUUACAACAAAGGUUAAAAAUAGAGUAUUUGCAAAAUCACAGAAUGUCUGAGAUGGGGAGGGAGCUCUGGAGCUUGUUUACUUUGACCCCCAGUGCUCAAGGACAGGUCAGCUGGAGAUUGUAUCCAGAUGAUUUUGAGUCUUCCCAAGGAAGGAGACUACACGACCCCUUUUGGCAACCCUCACAGCACCAGUUUCUUAGUCUUAAGAAAAAUACAGGAAAUAACAACAAUUUCCUAUAUUUCUAUUUGUGCCUCUUGUCCUUUCACUAGACAUGACUGAAAGAGUCUGGCUCCAUUGUCUUUACUGUCCCCCAUUGUGUACUUGUACACAGAUAAGAUCAACCUGAACCUUCUCUUCUUCAAGCUGAGCAGUUGCAGCUCUCUUAGUCUUUCCUUAUAUGUUAGAUGUUCUUAGCUUUUAAUCAUUUUAUGGCCCUUUGGUGGUCUUGCUGCAGGACAUCCAAGUCUCACUUAUACUAGGGAGGCCAGAAUUGAAUGUCACUCCACACCAAUAUCUCACCUCUCUCAACCUGCUGGCAGCAAUCUUGCUAACACAGCUGAGUAUGCUGCAAGGGAAUGUUGGUGGGUCUUGGCCAGUUUGUAUUCCACCAGAUCCUCCAUUUCAUUUUAUGCUUUCUAGCUGCUUGGCACUCUGCUUGCAUAGGGGCAUGGGGUUGUUCUUUCCCAGGAGCAGGACUUUACAUUUCCCAUUUGUUGAACUUCAAGAAGUUACUGUCAGUCCAUUUCUCCAUCAUGCCCAGGCCUCUCCGAGUGCAACUGAUGCCUCAGCAGCUACUUCUGAUUUCAUUUUGUCUGCAAAAUAGGUGAGUAUGUUCUCUGUCUCAUCACACAAGGUCAUUAAUGAAGAUAUCAAAAAGUAUUGGACAUUACUAGUGACUGCAUUCAAGUUGCACUUUUUGCCAUUUGAUCAUUACCCUCUGAGCUCAGCAGUUUGAACAGUUUUCAGAUCACUUCACUGUCUACUUAAUCUAGUUUCUGUUUAGUCAGUUUCUCUCUGGGGAUACUGUGGGCAUCCCUGUCAAAAGGAUUGCUAAAGUCAAUAUAAAGAGUAUUCACUGCUCUCUCCUUGUCCACCAAGCCUGUCAUUUUGUCACAGAAGGUUAUUAGGUUGGUCAGGCAGAUUUCCCUCUUCUUAAAUCCUUAUUAUCUGCUCCUAAUCUCCUUCUUCAUGUGUUCCAAUGGCUUCCAAGACUAUUUGCUCCAUCACAUUUCUGGGGAUCAAGGUGAGGCUGACUGCCCCAUAGUUUCCCCCAUAGUUUCCCCCAUAGUUUCCCCCAUAGUUUCCCCCAUAGUUUCCCUAUAGUUUUUCCUGCCCUUCUUGAAGACAGGAGUGACAUCUACUUUCUUCCAGUACUCAAGAGUGUCUCCUCAUUGAAAGAUUUUCAAGGGUGGCCUAACAGUGACAUCAACCAUCUUGCUUGGCAUUUGUGAUUGUAUGCUGUCAGGCUCCAUAGGCAUGAAUAUGUCCAAUACAGUCAGUAUUUCCUAGCUGGGUAUUUCUUCACAAGGGUAAGUUUUCUGUGUUUCAUACUUUCCCUUUGGUCUUGACAGCUUGGGAUUUCUGUGGGCAGUUCUUAGCAGUAAAGACUAAAGUAGAUGGAUUUAGAUUAGGCCAUUUCUAUUACCACUAUGUCUGCUGUGCCAUUCAGUCAAAGGCCAGUAUUUUCUCUCAUCUUUAUUCUGUAGCAGAUACAAACAGAAUCACAGAACUCUAGGAGUUGGAAGGGACCUCUACAGAUCAUCAAGUUCAACUCCCUUGACAAAGCAGGUUCCCUAGACAGAUUGCAUAGCUAAGCAUCCAGGUGGGUCUUGAGUAUCUCCAGAGAAGGGAACUGUACUACCUCUGGACAGCCUGUUCCAGUGUUCAGUCGCUGUCACAAUAAAGAAGUUCUUCCUCUUAUUUGUAUGGAUCUUCCUGUGUUGCAGUUUUUGCCCAUUGCCCCUUGUCCCAUCACUGCACAUCAAUGAAAAGAGCUUGGCCCCAUUCAUUUGACUCCCGCACUUUGGAUAUUUAUAACAGUGAUUUGUUCUCAGUCUUCUCCAGGCAGGUCUCCAGAUCUCUCAGCCUUUCCUCAGAAGGCAGAUGGUCCAGGCCCCUAGUCAUCUCUGUAAUCCUCUGCUGGACUUCUUCAGUAAUCCCCUGUGUGUUUUGAGCAGAGGAGCCCAGAACUAGAUAUGGCCAGACAGGGCCUCGUCAAGGCAGACGAUACGGGGAGGAUCACCUCCCUCAACCUGCUGGCCACACUAUUUAUAGUGCACUCAGAAUACCAUCAGCUCUCUCAGCUACAGGGGCAUACUGCUGGCUCCUGGUCGACUAUUUGUCCACUGGGACACCCAGAUCCUUCUCUGCAGAGCUCCUUUCCUGCAGGUCAUCUCCUGUUCUGUACUGAUGCAUGUGGUUAUUCCUCCCCACGAGUAGGACUCUGCACUUCUAUUUGCUGAACCUUAUAGGAUUCCUCUCUGCCCAACUUUCCAGCUUGCCCAGGUCUUGAGGAAUGGCAGCAGUUCUGGUGUGUCAGCUACUUCUCCCAGCUUUGUAUCAUCAGCAAACUCCCUGAGUGUGGAUUCUGUCCUUCCAGCUGUGUUGUUGAUGAGAACGUUGAACAAGACUGGGCCCAGAACUGACCACUGGGGAACACUGCUCACUAUAGGUCUCCAAAUGGACUCUGCACCACUCUCAACCCUCUGAGCUCUGACAGUCAGCCAGUUCUCAAUGCUGCUUAUUGUGCACUCAUCUAUCCCACUCUUCUUAAGCUUACCUAUGAGCAUGAUAUUGAAGACAGUGUCACAAGCCUUGCCGAAGUCAAGGCACGCAACAUCCACAGCUCUCCCCUUGUCUACACAGCUGGUGAUGACGUCAGAGAAGGAUGCCAGAUUGGUCAAGCAUAAUUUCCUCUUGGUGUAUCCAUGCUGACUACUCCUGAUAGCCAUCUUUUCUUCCACUUGCUUGGAGAUAGCAUUUGAGACCAGUGAAGACAUGCAAAGCCAGAUAUGACUUAGAUACAAAAAUGCUGAAGAAUGUUUGUGAGAUGAAAGUUGAUGAGGGCAGGCAAAGUGAAAAUGCCAAAAGUGGGGAAAUAGUCCCCUCUCCGUUGAGGGGGAGGCUUUGUGUAUUCAUUUAAAUAGUUCAGUGAAAAAUGUCUGUAUGCUCUAUGAUCUGUAUGCUGUUCAUAGUUUGUCUGAACUAUGUGUGUGCGUAUGGAGGCACACACUUGCAUGCAUAUAGAGGCCAAAGAAAUUAUUUCUCAGUGUAUAAAAAUUGUUUGACUCUGCUUUAAAAAGAAAAGAAUCCACAGUUUGUAUAUGAGAUAUGAGAUCAUGUAACUGAAAUAUUUAUAUAGCAUUUCUUCCAUGGCAUUUAAAAAUGAUGAACAACAAAUAUCAAGUCAAAUUCUGGCGUGUGUCACUGCACAGGGCAGGUUUUUCCAUUUUAUUAGUAUUUUAAUAGUUCUUCCUGCACCCAUGUGUCUGAUCAAACAGUAUAAAUGCCAGAUAGAUUAUAAUGUAGCAUCACUUCUGGAUGCAUUGGCUUUUAAAGUAAAUCUUGAAUAGGAUACUUCACAGAGAAUUUGCUUUGUCAAAUAGUGCUGUUGUGCUCUUUCUGUCUGUUGUAAUUUCCAUGGAAGUAAAUGGGAGGCAUUACUUUUGGAGUGCCUAUAUUCACAAAAUAAAAAGUUAACCAUCUGUAAGUCAGAGAAUUUGUAAUAAAAACUAUGCUUCCAGAUUUUCACAUUCAGUUAGCUGCUGCUUGGAAGAAAGAGGGAUUACAUUCAGAAUAUUUCUAUGAAAUGUAUCUGGUUCCUUUAUGCAACAACCUGCUAUGUGGAGUAGAGGAGAAAAGCAAAUCUCGGCCUUGAUGUCAAAACAAUGUAAAUUAGUUUUUAAAUGUUGACUUGUGUAACAGGCAAGGCAUGGAAACAAAAGCACUGCCUGGAGUAGCGAUGAUGAAUAUUUCAUCUUACUGACAAAGAGCAGCAAGAGACUAAAUCCUAAAGCAAACGCUGUGCUGACAAUGCACUCUCACUAUGACAGUAGCGGUAUUUGCAGUCCCAGCUGCACUCAAGCUGGUGCUAUAAAAGCACCCAUUUCUCAAAAUACACGUUGCUGCUACUUGUCCUUCCCUGGCCCUUAGUCAGAGGAAUGAGCUUUGAUCUGUUGUUUGGCAUUGGACAAAAUUGGAACAAAGUUUUUCGGACCCAGAUGAAGCUAGAGGCAUUCUGGCAUCAUUGGCUCUUCUGGAAUUGUAACCCUGACAAGAAGUGCAGGUUGGUGUUAGAGCACACUGCUUUGUGUGUUACCCAGCCUUUCUCUAACUUUUUUCAAAGAUGCAACACAAAUGCCUUACGAAAAUUGAAUGCUUAUCUUCAGUGAAACAUAGAAGGAAGAAUGCCACUGCUAUAGCUGCGUGGCUGUGAUAUUUAGAGGGGACUCAUGGCCUUGAGUAGCAAGCACUCACUACUUGUUGGGGAUUGUUUUGAUUAAGUCUAAUGAGCUGAGAGGUAAUGAGUUGAUUAUGGAUUAAGGGAGAUGCUUCUCUGUCAGUGUAUUCUAAUGUGUGCUCUGUCUUUUCCUAGCACCCACUUGUUCAGUAUUCUCUGCAGCCUGACAUAUGAGACUCAAAGGGAAUUAGAGAAUGUUGCUUCUAAAUUACGGAAUUACUGCCUUAUGGUAACCAUCAGAAUGAGGACUUCCUUUACACUUUUUCUUCUUUAUUUUUUUCAGCUUGCAAGUUUUCCACGUUCUAUGCUUAAGAUUGUUCACCAUCACUGCAUCCAUUCUUUGUCCAGUCUUUCAUGUAGUCCUAACACUGACACCAGUUUCUUGUUUCCUACUUACUUUACAUGCUAUUACACAGUAGCAUUUCAAGAUCUAUUAUUACUGAUGAUUUGGAGAAACAGGUGUGGGGAACUUAGGUGGAGAGCUCUUUUAAAGGUGAGGAAGCAGGUGAAAAAAAAUGUUCAGGAGAUGUGUGGAUUGUGAUGUGGUAAAGGAGGGGUAGGCAGAAAGCACAAACUGAAUCCUUGAGUUACACACAGUGCUUAAUUUGAUAAGGCAGAGUGGAACAGUAGCUUAGACUACUUAGCCCCCUGAGCAAAGCUUCUUGCAAGGAGGAUCUUUUGCCUUACAUUAAAAAGCUUCCAGUUUCCCUUUUGUCUUGCAGCCUGAGUAGGAGGGUAUGGUAAAGUUAUGUUCCUAGCUUCUUUAUGCCAUCCUUUUGAGAUUGCAGUCACGCAGAAACACAGAAUUGUAGGGGUUGGCAGUGGCCACUGGGGAUCAAGUCCAGCCCCCUGCUAAGGCAAGUUCCCUGGAUGGGUGGAUCCUGAGUAUCUCCAGAGAAGGAGACUCCACAACCUCUCUGAGCAGCUAGUUCCAGAGCUCCACUACUCUCACAGUUAGAAGUUCAUCCAUAUGUUUGUAUGGAACUUUCUGUGAAGCAGUUUCUACCCACUGCCUCUUGUUCUAUUGCUGCAUGCCACUGAUAAGAGCAUGGAGCCACUGACUCCUGCACUUCAGGUAUUUAUAAUUAGUGAUGAGAUCUCCUCUCAGUCUUCUCUUUUCCAAGCUGCAGAGUCCCAUAUCUCUCAGCCUUUCCUUGUGUGGGAGAUGUUUCAGACCCCCAAUCAUUUUAGUGGCCCUUCACCGGACUCUCUAGAAGUUCCCUGUCUUUUUUGAACUGAGGAGCCCAGAACUAACCACAGUACUCCAGAUGUGGCCUCACCAGGGCAGAGGAAAUGGGGAGGAUCACCUCCUCUGACCAGCUGGCCUCACUCUUCUUCAUGCAGCCAAAAUAUUGUUGUUUUUCAUGGCCAACCUGAUAUCCACAGUGACACCUAAGACCUUCUCCUCAGAGCUCCUUUCCAGCAUGUUAUCCCCUGCUGAGACCAAUGGGAAAAUUAUUUCAUCCCAAUUGUUUGUUCAGAAAUGUCUGUCAGGAAGAGGGCAGAAUAGUCAACACCUUACACCCACCCGUAGCCUAAUGUGAUCAUGCGGAUUCUGCAUUAUCUGGAACUAAAAGCAGCUGGUGGGUUGCUUCCAGCUCUGCUUCGUUGUGAGGUUCAGUCUCCCAUUUUGGAGCUGCUGCCAGGCUGCAGGGCACCCUUUCCACCUCCAUCAGACAGAAACACACCAGAAUCUCAGGCAGCAUCCAUGAUCCAGAGCAUUUCUGUUCCAGAUCACCACCUCACUCACAGCUGGGAUCUGCACCUCUGUGCAAGAGAUGUUAUUAGACUUUAUGGCUGUUACCUCAACAUUGAGAGCACAGUUUUUCUUCUUGUUGGAGAGUGGGACUCUACUGGUAGAUGAACCCAAUGCAGCUUUUAAUCCACUUUAUUGGGCUGCCAGUGGCAAAUGAAUCUUGGUAGUACAUGCUCUGCACUUAAGCGCCCAACCUGGUUUGAGUGCUGCCUGCAGAUUCUCAACUCCAACAUAUUCACUGCAGUUGAUGUCUAAGAUUGGUAUAUUUUAAAUGGGAAUUACCAGCAUUACUGCAGUCAUAUUUCUGAUUGUACUGUAGGCAUACACUUUAUCCUCGUGCUUCAGGCAUUUUUGUAAUUAAUAAAUAAAGUAGAUGGGCAAAAAUAAUAAAAACUGAAGUUGCUAAAAUGAAAAUUGCCAUUAAUCUAAAAGCCCCAGUUUCUCUUCCCUUAGCACCUGGGAUAUUGCUUAAACCUCUGGAAAGGACAUUUCUGAAAAUGAUAAUACACUGUUUUUUUUCCCCAGUCAUUCACUGACUAAACUCUCUAGAAGUAGACAUGGCUCCCAACCUUACUGCAGUUUAAGUUCUUAAUUUCCACUGGGUACAGAGCGAGUAUAGUUCUAAGAUAAUAGGAUACAAAGUAAUGUCAUGGAGAAAAGUUUCUUGGGAUAUUUUUUUCCUCUAGCAAAGCCCUCAUUUUAUUGCCGUUUAAAAAUUCUGUUUCACAGACCGACUCUCCAAUCAAGGUCCAGAUGCCUUUCUUUGAGUAGCCUCCCAAUGACCUCAGCAAACGUAUCAAGAAAUGGCAUUACUCACUGGGAAUGCAGAUCCUGCGUUCAGCUCCUACUCCUUCAAUAACCUGGAAAAUUUGUGUGAAGUGCAAACCGAGAAAGGAUUUUUCUACAGAAAGGCCAAACUUUUGCACCCCAAUGAAGACUUGUGCUACUUAGCACACCUGGAUGACCGGACCAGGUUUGUGAUCAUCAAUGUAGGUGGUAUUAAAUACAAAAUUCCUUGGACCACCUUGGAGAACUGCCCUUUGACCAGGCUUGGGAAGCUAAAGUCUUGCAACAAUUAUGAUGAGAUCAUGAACAUCUGUGAUGACUAUGAUAUUAGCUGCAAUGAAUUUUUUUUUGACCGUAAUCCUAGUGCCUUCAGGACAAUCAUGACUUUCUUGACAGCUGGGAAGCUGAGACUUCUCAGGGAGAUGUGUGCUCUUUCUUUUCAGGAGGAGCUUGUGUACUGGGGGAUAGAAGAGGACCACCUGGAGUGGUGCUGUAAAAAGAGAUUGCGACAGAAAGAGGAGGAGGCAGCUGAAGCCAGGAUGUAUGAAGGGGAGAUGAUGUUUAGUGAAACUACUCAAUGUGCCUUCCAGGACAAUAACUGGUUGAGUUUGUGCAUGAGAAAUCUCAGGGAUAUGGUGGAGAACCCCCACUCAGGGAUUCCAGGGAAGAUCUUUGCUUGUAUUUCAAUCUCUUUUGUUGCCAUCACUGCAGUCAGCCUCUGUAUCAGCACCAUGCCAGAUGUCAGAGAAGAAGAAGAUCGGGGUGAAUGUUCACAGAAGUGCUAUGACAUCUUUGUGCUGGAGACAGUGUGCGUGGCUUGGUUUUCAUUUGAGUUUCUCCUGCGGUCCAUCCAGGCAGAGAACAAGUGUGCUUUCCUGAAAACCCCGCUCAACAUCAUCGACAUCCUGGCCAUCUUGCCUUUCUACAUCUCUCUCAUUGUGGAUGUGGCUUCCACAAAAAACAGCAGCAAACCCGGCGGGGGAGCAGGGAACAAGUACCUGGAACGAGUGGGCCUGGUGCUGCGCUUCCUGCGGGCGCUGCGCAUCUUGUACGUGAUGAGACUGGCCAGGCACUCGCUGGGGCUGCAGACUCUGGGGCUCACUGUGCGCCGCUGCACCAGGGAGUUUGGGCUCCUCCUGCUCUUCCUUUGCGUUGCCAUGGCCCUCUUCUCACCGCUGGUCUAUUUGGCUGAGAGCGAACUGGGAGCCAAGCAAGAAUUCACAAGCAUCCCUACCAGCUACUGGUGGGCUGUGAUCUCCAUGACCACCGUUGGCUAUGGGGACAUGGUGCCUCGUAGCAUCCCCGGACAGGUGGUAGCCCUGAGCAGUAUCUUGAGCGGUAUUUUAUUGAUGGCCUUCCCGGUCACUUCCAUCUUCCACACCUUUUCCCGUUCCUACAGUGAGCUGAAAGAGCAGCAGCAGCGAGCAGCAAGCAGGCAAACGCACCAGCUGGAGGAAAGCAUGAAACUCGCAGGUGGCGGCAGUUCCCAGUGGCUCACUGCUGCGUCCCCUCCAGAUGCUGCCAGGGAGGGUGGCCGGCCAGUGCUGGACCGGGAAGCCAAGAGAAGUUGACUCUCCACAGCUAAAGAAGUGAGUUGGCAGCACAAGAAGCAGUGAACGUGAGGGGAAGGAUCAGUCUGCAAACAGAACCCCCCAAACUGCAUAUAUUAGGGACAGACAGACACGAGAUUGUCCCUUAAGAGCAACUUUCAAUCUUAGGGGCUCACUGAAAAGUGUCCCUAGAAACUCUAUCAAGUACAGCUUUGCUCCAUCGCUAGCUGUAGGGAAGCUCUUUUCUCCUGAGCACCUGUUUUUGUGAGUCCCUGGGAGCAGCCAGCCGGGAGGCCAUAAGGAAGUGGCACAGUGUGGCCGGGUGCUGCUGCUGGGCAGUGAGCGUGCCACCACCUCGUGCCCUGAAAGUCUGUUCCAGCAGCCCUGCCAUGGAACCUGAGGAACGCAAAGCUCAGACAACCAAAGGGAUGAGGAGAUGAGGACAGAAGGAUCCCUUCAGCUUUCCAGGGGGCUUGGUUUGCUCUGUCUUAGAAAUCAGCACUAUGGUCUGGGCUGCCAGCCGCCAGCUCCAACCCGUGCUGCUGCUCAGUGUGCAUUAUUCAGUAAAUACGUGUAUUUACCACAGUAAGCUUUGUAUCUUAGCCCUGUGACAGAAAUAUACAUAGACAAUCUUC